GAAAUCAUAAAAACUCCAAAAGUUUUUUACAAAUACAAACAAAAUGAAGCCGACUGCUCCAAUAACCAGUUCUACAACAACAACCGUGGCAUCAUCGAUGGCGACAAUAACUGAUGUCUUUAAAACUCCGAAGUUCGUUAAAUUUUCGGCCGUGGCUCUCCUCUCUUUUUCCUUCGUUUUCCUUUACACUUACUUCUCCUCCUCCUCCUCUCCUUUCUCCUUCAGUUACUACUCGCUACCUCGGCAAAUGUCGCCUCCGCCUUCACCACCUUCACCGCCGCCGCGUCUUCCGGCAGUGAGAAGGACGGGGAUAAUCGACGAAACGGGAGCAAUGUCGGACGAAUUCUUUAUCGGAGAGUGGGAUUCAAUCUCCAUAAGUGCUCUUACAGAGCUCAGCGACGGCAACGGGGUAGGAGGAGAGGAAGAAAAGGAAAAGAAGAAUAAGAGUGGUGGUGAAGUUAAGGUGAGGUUUGAGAAAUAUAAGGUAUGCGAGAGGAGUAAAGUAGAUUAUAUACCGUGUUUGGAUAAUGAGGAAGCUAUUAAGCUGUUUAAUAACAGUGACAAAGGGGAGAAAUACGAAAGGCAUUGUCCUGGAAAUGAUAAAUCGUUGGACUGUGUAGUUCCGAGGCCGGAAGGUUACCGGAUUCCUAUACCGUGGCCUCAGAGCCGUGAUGAGGUUUGGUUCAGCAAUGUGCCGCAUGCUGGUUUGGUUGAAGAUAGAGGUGGGAAAAAUUGGAUAUCAAUAAAAGAAGAUAAGUUCAUUUUCCCAGGAGGUGGAACACAAUUUAUUCAUGGUGCAGAUCGAUAUUUGAAUCAGAUUUCACAGAUGGUUUCCGAGAUUUCGUUUGGCCACCAUAUUCGUGUUGCAUUAGAUAUUGGAGGUGGAGUUGCCAGUUUUGGUGCCUUUCUCCUGCAACGCAAUGUUACCACCUUAUCAAUAGCACCUAGAGAUGUUCAUGGAAGCCAAAUUCAAUUUGCACUGGAGCGUGGAGUGCCUGCCAUGGUUGCGGUAUUUGCUACACGUCGCCUGUUGUAUCCAAGUCAGGCUUUUGACCUGAUACAUUGUUCAAAUUGUGGCAUUAAUUGGACUCGCGAUGAUGGAAUUUUGCUUCUCGAGGCAAACAGGAUGCUUAGGGCUGGAGGAUAUUUUAUCUGGGCUGCAAAGCCUGUAGAUAAACAUGAAGAUAACCUACAAGAGCAAUGGAAAGAAAUGGGGGAUCUUACCACUCGCAUUUGCUGGGAACUAGUAAAGAAGGAGGGAUAUAUUGCCAUAUGGAGGAAGCCUUUAAACAAUAGUUGCUAUCUUAAUCGUGAUGCAAAAGUGCUACCUCCCCUUUGUGAUCUUGAUGAUAAUUCAGACAAUGUUUGGUACACUAAUUUGAGGACCUGCAUCACUCCAUUGCCAGGGAAUGGUUAUGGCUCAAAUGUUAGCGCAUGGCCUGAACGUCUUCACUAUCCACCUGAAAGACUUCAAACAAUAGACAUGGAUGCCCACAUAUCCAGAAAGGAAAUCUUUAGAGCAGAGUCAAAAUACUUGAACGCAAUAAUAGAGAACUAUGUACGUGCAUAUCACUGGAAAGAUAUGAAACUACGUAAUGUGAUGGACAUGAGAGCUGGACUUGGAGGGUUUGCAGCAGCAUUACAUGAUCUCCAGGUUGAUUGUUGGGUUAUGAAUGUUGUUCCUGUUAGUGGGUUCAACACCUUGCCUGUAAUUUAUGAUCGUGGCCUUAUAGGAGUUAUGCAUGACUGGUGUGAGCCAUUUGAUACUUAUCCAAGAACAUAUGACCUAUUGCAUGCAGCAGGUCUUUUCUCCGUUGAGAAGAAGAGGUGUAAUAUCUCAACCAUCAUGCUCGAGAUGGACCGGAUAUUAAGACCCGGUGGACGUGUAUAUAUACAGGACUCGGUAACCAUAAUGGGUGAACUUGAAGAAAUCGCAAAAGAAAUGGGUUGGGUGCCUGCACUACAUGAAACAAGUGAAGGCCCACAUGCAAGCUGGAAAGUUUUGAUCUCUGAGAAACGCAUGUGAUGUCCAUAUUGGAUAUGAACAUCAAUGAGACCAUGUUUUAGCAGUAUGUACAGUGCGAAGCCAAAACCAUUUUUUAGAGACAGAAUGAAAUUUUAAUUUUUUUUAGUUUAUAUUUUUAUAAAUUUUAAAAAAUUAAAUCGAAUUUUUAUAA